AGGGUUGAAAUCCUCCAGAAUCCUGAGGCUUACAGACUGAGAAACUAUUUCCCUUUUCAUUGAUAAUCUCCACCAUGAUUCAUAGCCUUUUCCUGAUCAACUCUUCUGGGGAUAUUUUCUUGGAGAAGCAUUGGAAAAGUGUGGUCAGCCGUUCUGUUUGUGAUUAUUUUUUUGAGGCACAAGAAAGAGCUACAGAGGCAGAAAAUGUGCCUCCAGUUAUCCCUACCCCUCACCACUAUCUCUUAAGCGUUUAUCGCCAUAAGAUUUUCUUCGUGGCCGUCAUCCAGACAGAGGUUCCACCUCUGUUUGUCAUUGAGUUUCUUCAUCGAGUUGUGGACACAUUUCAGGAUUAUUUUGGAGUCUGCUCAGAGCCAGUGAUCAAAGAUAAUGUUGUUGUGGUUUAUGAAGUAUUGGAAGAGAUGCUUGACAAUGGGUUUCCAUUGGCUACAGAGUCGAACAUUCUCAAAGAACUGAUAAAGCCUCCCACUAUACUUCGGACAGUUGUCAACACUAUAACAGGAAGCACCAAUGUGGGUGACCAACUUCCCACUGGGCAGCUGUCAGUGGUGCCUUGGAGAAGGACUGGGGUGAAAUAUACCAACAAUGAGGCCUAUUUUGAUGUGAUUGAAGAAAUCGAUGCCAUUAUUGAUAAAUCAGGUUCCACAAUUACUGCUGAGAUACAGGGCGUGAUUGAUGCAUGUGUCAAGCUGACUGGAAUGCCAGACCUUACGCUUUCCUUCAUGAACCCCAGGUUGCUGGAUGAUGUCAGCUUCCAUCCUUGUGUUCGUUUCAAGCGCUGGGAAUCUGAGCGUAUCCUGUCUUUCAUCCCCCCUGAUGGAAACUUCCGUCUGCUCUCAUAUCAUGUCAGUGCACAGAAUCUGGUUGCGAUUCCAGUGUAUGUCAAACAUAACAUCAGUUUCCGGGACAGUAGUUCACUUGGACGCUUUGAAAUAACAGUUGGACCCAAGCAGACUAUGGGAAAGGCUAUAGAGGGAGUGAUAGUCACCAGCCAGAUGCCCAAGGGAGUCCUGAAUAUGAGCCUCACGCCGUCUCAGGGGAUGCACACAUUUGACCCAGUAACAAAGAUGCUAUCUUGGGAUGUGGGAAAAAUAAAUCCCCAAAAGCUACCAAGUUUGAAGGGGACCAUGAGUCUUCAGGCUGGAGCUUCAAAGCCAGAUGAGAACCCCACAAUUAACCUGCAGUUUAAGAUCCAGCAGCUGGCCAUUUCUGGACUCAAAGUGAAUCGUCUAGAUAUGUAUGGAGAAAAGUACAAACCCUUCAAGGGCAUAAAAUACAUGACCAAAGCUGGGAAAUUCCAAGUUCGAACCUGA